CCCAAAUGGAUGAAUCUGAACUACCAGCACCACCACCCUAUGAGGUUGUAUCUAAUACCCAAUAUUUCAAUCCUGAUCCUAAUAUCCAAUAUUACAAUCCUGAAGUGACAAUCAAACAGCCACUCAGCUAUGCGUGGCAGGAUGAGAGUAGCGCUGUAGUAUCGAGUGUUACGUCUGGAGGGCUCAGGCUAGACAAAGCUAAGAAGAUUGGGAACAGGCUUGUCAUAGACUUUGAAAAGAUUUCUUGCUGUCCUUGGGAAACCACUGGACUUGACCCCGAUUGUAAGAAUUACAUACCAGAUGAAUUGAGAGCUAGAGGAAUAACCCAAAAUAAGUGGUCCCAAUGGUGCGAGGAUCUGACGAAGAUUCAAAAGAAAUCCCCAUCAACUGGAGGGUGCUUGUGUACGUUCUGUUUUCCUGGUCUUUUUCCUCAAGCUAUGCUGUGUGUAAUAUUAUGUCCUAUUUCUGGAGACCACUGUCUGAAAUGCCUUCCGUGUUUCUAUGGUGACUGGUAUGUUGCCCUUGUGAAGUGGCAACGAAACGUUAAUGAAGUCCUCAACCCGUUAGAUAUGCACGCCAAGCUUAAGACUUACAAGCCUUUUCAAAAGGCUCCCAUAUCUAUUGGAUACAGUGGGAGGAUAUCAGGUAAAGACCACAACUACGAGAUGAGUAUGUGGGAGAUUGCCCUUACAGCAGCAGAGAGUCAGAAGCUUAUGGAAGAAAGCUGGGAUAAUGGUGUUGCAGAUGGGUGCACUUCUGGUAUUGGCAGGAAUCUAUAAUGGUGGCACCACGUGAUGAUAUGCUGCAAUUGUUAUGGUGUGGAUUUAUUGAAACAAUCUAUUGUUUUUUAUAUCAUUUCGUUCGAGGUAUCUGAUACUUUUUCAGAUAAUUAGGUCAACUGUCAGUAUUUUUUCAUGGAUUGUGAGUUUAUUUUUAACUCUGAGGUACAGAUUUUUAAUAUAAUAUU